AUUGGGACGCUCUGUAUUCAACAGUUCGCUGAAAACCAGUUCACGUAGAGGAACUGUCUCGGUUUAUUUAGUCUUACCGGGAUUUUUAAAUUUAGCUCAGCGUCUCGCAAAUUCCCGUGAGUACUGUAACUCUCGAGGACGCCUGUCUACAUUUAGGCGAGAGAGUGUUUGUGAGCUUUGUUACGGUAAAUUUGGAUGGAUCCUCGGGUGGCUUGGAUUCAGCCCGAGCAGAAAGGACCUGCCAACGCUUUGUGGAUGCGCGUAUGGGAAACCUCGCAAAGGCGAAACCACUGUAACUCGCUGCGGGUAAAUACACCUGCUUUGGCGGCCAGUUGUAUGAAGCAGUUAUCGCUGGUACCCACCAACACAGCUGGAAAGUCUUUGAACAGUUCUUUCAAUCAGCAUUAUAAUGACAGAGGUGCCACGCGAUCUCCGAACACAUGUUCUGAUCCUGCACCUCCGUAUGUCACCCCUGUCGUAGUCAACGGUUGUGAUUCUUCCUCACCUUCAUCUUCAGGAGAUUCCGAGAGUGACAAUCCGACGUCAGAUUCCUCAUCUGCCACUGGUGACAGUAUGAGCGCAAAUGCAGCAAACCUUCACUUUAACUUUACUGAACAUAUGUACAAUGUCAGUAACCGUUUACAACAACAUUAUCAGACACAAAUGAUUAUAGAUAACCAACCUAACCACCAUCCAAUAAGAAAGAGAAGUGACCAUAAAGCGAGCACAAAUGGAAUGAACUACUCUCUGUCCUACUCUAAUGGCAGUCAUUUAUGUGGGACCCCUUGGGCAACCAGAAGAUACAGUCCAGGUAUCAACGGCCUCCAUGAGGAGAUGGUGGAUUUUUAUCAUUUCAUGUCACCACGUCCAGAAGAGGAACAAAUGAGGAGAGAUGUUGUCCAUCGUAUAGAGACCAUAAUCAAAGACCUGUGGCCUAUGGCAAAGGUUGAAAUAUUUGGCAGCUUCAGUACAGGACUUUAUCUUCCUACCAGUGAUAUUGACCUGGUGGUGUGUGGAAAAUGGGAACAACCACCUCUACAGCAGCUGGACCAGGCACUCAGGCAGAAUAGAGUGGCUGAGCCAUUCUCCAUUAAACUACUUGACAGGGCUACGGUACCAAUAAUUAAACUGACUGACAGAGAGACAGAUGUGAAGGUAGACAUCAGUUUUAAUGUUGAAACUGGUGUCAAAGCAGCUCGUUUUAUUAAGGAUCAUCUUAAGAAAUAUUCUGUGUUGCCAUACUUGAUCUUUGUGCUGAAGCAGUUUCUGCUUCAGAGAGAUUUGAACGAGGUGUUUACGGGUGGUAUCAGUUCCUACAGCCUCAUUUUGAUGGUCAUCAGCUUCCUGCAGCUCCAUCCCAGAAUAGACUGCAGAGCUUCCAAUAUUAAUUUGGGCAUCCUUCUCAUCGAAUUCUUUGAUUUGUAUGGACGCCAUUUUAACUAUCUGAAAACAGGCAUCCGUGUGAAGGAUGGAGGAGCUUAUCUUGCAAAAGAGGAGAUCAUGAAGGUCAUGGAGACUAGAUAUAGACCCUCAAUGCUCUGUAUUGAGGACCCAAACUUGCCAGGAAAUGAUGUUGGCCGGAGCUCUUAUGGUGCCAUGCAGGUGAAGGACGUGUUUAACUAUGCAUACAUCGUCUUAAGUCAUGCUAUAUCUCCGCUAUCCUGCUCCUACCCUAACAGAAAUCUGGAAAGCACAUUGGGGCGUAUCAUUAAAGUGACCCAGGAAGUAAUUGACUACAGGGAGUGGGUCAUUCAGCAGUGGGGAAACAGAUACAAUGCCAGAAUGAUUGACAGUAACAUCCAGAAUGAUGAAAGAGACCCAGAGGACCAGCAGAGAGAUUCCUCGUCACCACACAAUGCAGGCUCACCUGUAUCUCUGUCCAGCCUUCAGCACUCUUCAUCAUCUUCGUCUUCCUCUAUGUCCUCGCUUUCUGGGAGUGACAUUGAUUCUGACACAUCAUGCAAAUCUUCAGUUCUUCAGGAGUUCUUUACAGUGUCUUGCAUGACUGAUGACAAACAGAAACCACAGAGAAAAGCAAAUGCAGCUGGAACUUUUCUCCACUCCAGAAGUCAGUCACAUCCUUUACCCAGCAAACAAUGUAUGGAUGGUUUGACUCAUGUGAAUGGAGUAGUCCGCGUGUCUCCCGUUUACAUUGGCUCAAUACCCAGCCCCAGUCACUACACUAAUAAUGGCCAAAGAUUCAAGGGGCCUCCAGACACCAGUUGUUUAGAGCGUAACACUUUGCCUGUCCUCAAAGGACAUUAUCCUCAGUAUGGCUAUAACAGCUUGCGGCGGCGGCAAAAGAACACUGUUCCCAUGAGUCUCAGCAGGUAGUGCUAACCAUUUCUCCUGCCCAAGACAAAAUGUGAGCCACAAUCCUUUGGUUUCACUGAUCAAAGGUAAUUAUUCUGCUUAAAAUGGACAAUGUCUCAAUUUGCACUUUUUGUUUUGCCCAGUGCUUUAUCUGUGACUACACAUUUGGAUGUACCUGUUUUCAUUUGUUUUUUUUUCUACUUACUAUGUUUUGUUGUCUUUUAAAUUUUUGUAUAAAUAACAUCUGGGAGCUCUUUAUUUACUGAUAUUCUUUGUUUACAAUUAUAUUGAGUUAGUAGUUCAUCUCUAAUUGUAUUCAGAAUAUUUUUGAUAACAGAAAUCUUGUCACAGCAUUGCUGGGCUGUGAUUUGCUUUUGUACUGUAAAUCGUUCUGUAAAAUACCAUCAGUGCAAUAUGGCUUUUUUAUUGUUGUGCAAGGGUUUUUUUUUUUUUUUUUUCCCCAAUUUUAAUUUUCUCGAAUUGAAUGUAAGUUGACAUUUAUGCAGUGAGAAUCACUUUACAGUAAGAAUCACUUUGUAUGUUUAUGAUGUUCAGAUCUAUAUUGCAGCCAGCAUUAUUGUGGUUCUGUGCAUGUUAAUCUUGUGUGUACUACAUACUACUUGCGCAUCUGCUUGCAGUUCAGCUGACAAAUGGGUUAGUGCUCAAUUGUUUGCUCUGUAUCAAAAUCAUCUCCCCUUUCUUAGACCAUCCAUGUUGCGUGUAUUUUAACACUUUAAAAGUAUCUAGUGGAUGACUUGAAUAUGCAUAUAUGUUUUAAGUUAACCAAAUUUUUAUUUCUUUUUUUUUUUUUUUUUUUUUUUCUGUUUGCGUAAGUGAUCUCCUGAUUAAGGAUGUACUAUUUUUACUAGAUGUAGCAUUGCUCUCCUUAAUCAUUUACUUGUUUUCUCCAUCUACACUGGUCUGAAUGUUGUUAUCUUGGUCUUCCUAUUCUGCCACCAGAUGGUGACCUUGCAUCCACCUUUUUAAUUUUAUUUAAUUUUAUCUAUAUUUUCAUAUAGAGUUCACUAUGCUGGAACAACAACAUUUUACACUACAUAUUUAUGUUCCAAAACACCUUUUGACAAGAUUUGGCACUUGAUUAUAGUUUCUAGGGCCUCUCUAAUUCAUAUAGACUCCAUUUUGACCAUUUUCAGUAUGAUCACACAGCUCACUCUUAACUGCAAAUGCACAGGAAACGUUAGAGGUUUGACCACCAGAGAGGUUUGUUUCAUGUGUCUUGAAUGAGCAGAGUUUUGUGUCAGUGCAGUAAUUCCAGAAAUCAAUUGCUGAAUGCUCUACAAUGAGUCUUCACUUGCAUCUAGGUGCUGUUUGAAUGUAAUGAUGUCUUAAGUUUAAGACUUUUCUGAUACAUUUUUUAUGUUUUGUACUCAAAUUAUUUUAAAAUAAACAUCUUAAGCUGCUUAUUA